UGUGCGUGAGUUAUCAGGAGACACACAGCGGGAGCCACAGGGCGAGGAAGACCGAGACGAAGAAGGAGCGAGGCUUUUCUCUGCCUGACAUCCUCCCAAGAUGUUCAAGAAAAAGGACGCACAGAAGAGCUCCAGCAAGCUCACCAAGUCUCAGGCUGGCGACUUGGCCCAGCUGAUCGCUCGGAUUCAAAAGAAUGCCGACACGGUGGAGAAAGACGUCCUCCGGUCCGAAGAUUUGCUGGCUGUGGACUACGAAAACGAAAAGAAGGAGCAGCCCUUUAAGCAUCAGGAUGAGAUCAAAGUUAAACUGGGUGAGGCCGAGGAGCUCCUGAAGGACCUCUUCCUGGACGUGGACAAAGUCAAGAAGCACAAACACCCACAGGCCAGUGAGAUCGAGAGCGAUGUCAUGAUCCUCCACGAGCGCUGGCUGAAGGACUGCGGCGUCUACAGGGACAUCUACGAGCAGAUCGACGACGUGCAGCUGAUGCCCAGAAUCGACUGGGGGCCCGUCUUCAGCCAGAAGCAGAAAGACCUGAACACUGAGGAAUUCGGCCCCACCAUGGCCGACCUGGAGAAGCAGAUCGCAGCUCACAACCUGGUGCACAAAGAGCUGGAGUCCUACAGCUCGCAGCUCUGCAUCAGCUCUGCAGGAAACAAGGACAAAUAUUUGACCCUGAAGAAACAGUAUAAUAACCUGGUGGACAACUCCAAGUGGCGUCGCCACUACCUGAGCAGCUUGUAUGAAUACAUGCAGGGCUGCAAAAAGGAGCUGGCCUUCCUGGAGGAGGAACAGAACAAGAUCAAGAAGCAGGACUGGAGCGACCACAUGGUGGACCCGCCGGAUGUUCGCAGGCAGUACGAGAACUUCAAGAACAACAGUCUUUUGUCCCACGAGAGUGACAUUAACAGACUCCAGGAUGAAGGGGACCGGCUCGUGGAACUGAAGCACCCCGCCAGCGACACCAUACAGGCUCAAAGAGACAUGGUCAGAAACGAGUGGCAGAAGUUCCUCAAUCUGUGCAUCUGUCAGGAGACACAUCUGGACAACAUAGAGGAAUACAAAAAGUAUCAGCUGGACACGGAGCAGCUGUCACAGACACUGAGCCAACUGAACAGCACCCUGGAAGAUCGCAAGAAAGGCAGCUCAGAGACUCUGCUGCUGCUCGAGGGGGAGGAGAACACAGUGAAGAACAGCGAACAGAUGCUGGCCGACCUGAGGAAGAGGAGCACCACCAUCCCUCCUCUGAAACUGCGUCGCAUCCCCCCCUCCAGACCCAUCACAGUCGAGUCCCUGUGCGACUGGGAAACCAACAAGGCUUCUGUGUCAAGAGGAGAUCAAUUCACCCUGAAAUCAAACUCUGACAAAGAGAACUGGGACGUCGUCUCUAGUAAUGGAGUAACUAAAACUAUCCCAGGAGUUUGCUUCCUAAUUCCACCUCCAGACACAGAAGCCAUCGAUAAAGUGGACCUUUUGGGAAAUGAACUGGCAGACAUCAAGAAGAGAAGGUCGGCUCUGGCUGCAUCUCUGAAGAAUCAUAAAUCAACUAUCAGACCUCAGCAGUCAGUUCCAGUUUCGUCUUCGAUGGACCCCAAAGCGGAGGCCCUGGCCCAGCAGCUGGACCAGCUGGACAACGACCUAGCCAAAGCCGAGGAGAGCAUGCUCAGCCGCCUGCGGGCCCCGCUGAGCCGCUCCGACCCGGCUGCGGAUCUGGCCAAGAGGCUGCAGGAGCAGGAGCAAGCUGCAAAGUCCUUGAAGGCUCUGGAGCAGCAGAAGCAGGCAGCCCAGGCCAGCCUGUCCAAAACCCCGAGCGGUUCGUCUGCUGGACUGCCCCUCAAACUCAGCGCUACCAGCAACAAGUUCGACAACCUCGCUGGUCUCGCUGACCUCUACAAGAAGAAGGCAAAUGCAUCUCUCAACCUGGAGAGUCAGAUUGACAAGGUUGACGGUCUCAUCUCGGGAUUUGAGGGAGAGCUCGGUGACGACGGUCCAAUCCCUGAUUUACCGAAUGCUCUUCAAGCCCGCUUAGAGGAGAUUCAGCUUCAGAAGAAGUCUGUGGCAGCGGCUCAGACCGACAUGAAGAAGCUGAGUCAGGAUCUGGAGAGGACGGACCAGCUGUGCCGCUCGCUGGAGCAGAGCUACCAGGAGUACUGUCCCGACAUCCAGCGCCAGAAGAAGGACGUCAAAGAGCUGCAGAGCCGAUAUGCAAACGUUGAAAACCAGCUGAGGGAGAGAGAAAGCAUGUUGAAAGAGGCGGCGAGCAAGAACCAGGAGUUCCAAAGCACGUGUAAAAAUCUGAACUCGUUCCUGGACAACUUACCGACGUAUCGGAGCAGCUACGAUGAUGAUCUGACUGAAGUCGCUGCUAAGCUAAGCUCCCAAGAAAGAGUGGUGGAUGACCUGAAGCGGAGGGAAGAUGACGUAGACCGAGUGUCUGCCGUCUCCGAAGACCUGCAGAAUCUGCUUAAUGACUACGAUGCCUGCGUCAACAAAUACAACAGUACACUUGAGGACGCCGGAGCGACUAUUCCAAAGAAGCCUCGUGUGCUCACGUUCACCGAUGCUGUUCAGAAAGAGGAAAAGAACCUGACGAACCGCUACGCUGAAGCAAAAGCUGAAAAUAUGCAACGCCAAAAACAGCUGAGCUUGGCCAAGAAUAUAGCUUUGCAAAAUGAAGAAAAGGUUCAGGUGGUGGCACAGCAACAAGUACAACUUGAAAACCAGCAAAAGACUGCGCUGGAGGUAAACAAUCUGCAAAAAGAGCUGGAAGAGGAAAAGGAGAGGACAAACCACACCAUAACAAACCUCAGAUCCUUCAAAGAAAGGAUGAUUUCACUCAAGAGUCGCAGAGGAGUGGAGCGCGUCGAGGAGAAAGAGGUGCUCCAGUACUACCGAGACCCAAAACUGGAAAAAGAUCUGGCUAGUCUAAGGGACAAACUGGAUGAAGAGGUCCUAAAGAGGACCAGCACCCGGACAGAGGUUGAGGUGAUAAACAAGAAAAUCGUCAACCUGGAGGAAACCAUCACAAACACGGCCCCAAAGUUGCUGACUAGAGAGGUGACAGAGUUUGAAAAAGAUCCCCAGCUGGACAUAGAGGCUGCUAGGAUUAGAGAGGAGAUAAAGAAGAUCAGAGAUGAGAUUCGAGUGAGGGAUGGGGAGCACGUUCAGAUGAAGACAGAAGUCACGAUUCUGCAGCAGAUGAGGCCUCCCGUCAAAGAGAAGGUGGUUAAGAAAGAAGUCAUUAAAGUGGAACAGGAUCCAGUGAUGGUGAAAGCAGUACGGACGUUCGCGACUGAAAUUUCCGAAGAAGGCAACAAGUGUAAGUUCCUCAACGAUGAAAUCUUCCAGACAAGAAGCCAGAUCAACGCACUUGAGAGGCUGAUACCCAACAUCCAGCCUAAGAUCAUCACUAAAGAGGUGAAAAAGAUCGAACAAGACCCCGACCUUAUCACAGAGUCCGGCAAGAUCAGAACAUUAGUGGAGGAGGAGAGGGUUGAAAACAACUCUUUGUCCAAAGAGCUGAUGGAGCUGCAGAGCCGCUACAGACAAGUUCAAGACUUGAAGCCAAAAGUUGAGAUCAAGGAGAUUGUUAAUGAGAUCUACAGAGUUGACCCAAACACAGAGGUGGAGCUUGUGCGCCUUCGCAAAGAGAUACAUGAGUCCAACAAGCAGCGUGUUGAUCUUGAGAGGGAGAUCUCGCAGAUCACUGCUGAGCUGAACAUCCUUCGUGCUGAGAAGCCCAAAGUGGAAAUGAAAGAAGUUCUCCAAGAGGUGGUGAAAGAGGAAAGAAGCCCUGAAAACGAGCGAGAGAUCCGGAGGCUAAAGGAACAAUUGAACUAUUUACACAACCAGUAUGACUCCCUCCAGGACAAAGUCAUCCAGCUCCGAAGAGAGAGGGAUGAACUGAAGACUGAAAAGUCAAAGAUAGAGACCAAAAUUCUCACCAAAGAAGUAAUCAAGUAUGAGCCCGAUCCACUAUUGGAGAAGGAAGCCGAGCGCUUGCGCAAGAACGUGCGAGAGGAGGCGCAGUUGCGGCGGAGCAUCGAAGAGAUGGUUUUCGACCUCCAAAACAAAUUCAUCAUCCUAGAAAGGCAGAAACCAGAGGAGAAAGUGGUGGUGUCAGAGGUUGUGCGUUUACAGAAGGACCCGAGGCAAAUGAUGGAGCACGACAAGCUCAGCAAGAACCUAGAUGAAGAAGUGAUGAAGCGACGUCAAAUGGAGCUGGAGCUGCAGCAAUUAAGAACCAAGCUGGAAGAGAAACGGAGGAUCUUAGAAGAGAGCAAUGAGCACCAAAAGAGGAUACAAGCAGAAUUUGAACUCAAAGAGAUCCGACUGCGCAUCACACAGCUGGAAAACGCCCCRCCUCCUGUCGAGGAGUGUAUCGUUGUCGAGGAAGUGCUAAAAGUUGAGCGAGAUCCAAAACUGGACAGGAUGACAAACAGUCUGAGAGCAGACUUGGACAAGGAAACCAGCGACAUCCUGCGUAUCCAGAGAGAGAUCCGCAGCCUCACUCUAAAGAUUGAGAUCCUGAUGAAAGAGAAGUCUGGGGAGAAAACAGUGUACAAGGAGGUGGUUCGCGUCGAGAAAGACCAGGCCGUUGAAGCCGAGAGAGAUCGUCUGAGGGAGCAGGUGUCUCAGAAUAAAUUUGCUCGACAAGACCUGGAGGAUGAAAUCAGACGUCUCAACGACAGAAUCAACUUCUUGAUGAGCAACCAAAGCACCACUUCAAGAGACGAGAGAACCUUUGUCUCAAAAAGAGACGCCUUACUGAGGGAGAAGGAAGAUCUGACCCGAGAACUCAAAACAUUGGAGGUGAAGAAACACGACACCAGCCUAUCUUUCCAGACACAGAGCCGAUUAAUAACCGAAAGAACGCACAUGAGCAGGCAGAAGAGCCUCAAGAUGGAGACGGAUGUUCAGCGACUGGAGAGGCAGAUCCUGGACGAGAAAGACCAGAUCCAUCAGCGAGACAGCACCAUCCGUGAGCUUCUGCUGUACCUGCAGAACGAAGACCUAGCAGAGACGAGAACCAAAGAAACUAACGUCUCCACCAAAAUCACCAUUCUAGAUCCAGAAACAGGAAAAGACAUGUCUCCUUUUGAUGCCUACAUGAGGGGCCUUAUUGACCGUCAACAGUACAUUCAUCUCCAGGAGCUAGAGUGUGACUGGGAAGAGAUAACCUCCAAGGGACCUGAUGGAGAGGUAUCCGUCCUGCAGGACCUCAAGAGUGGACGGCAGUAUUCUAUCAAAGACGCUAUAAAAGAAGGAAAGCUAACAGAUUAUGAUCUAAAGCAGUACAAACAAGGCAAGAUGCCCAUCUCAGAGUUCGCCCUUCUCGUAGCAGGUGACAAAAAGAAGCAGUCCAAGCUCAACUCGAUCCCCCCAACUUCAGAGAACAGCUAUGCACGAUUCUAGAAAUGUUUACUAUUUGAAGUUUUCUGGUCUGUGAUGCAAUGUGGUGAAAGUGUAAAAAUAGAUAUGAAAACAGUCAUAAUAAUUACAAAAUACAUCUUUGACUCAUGAGGACACUUGUACUGCAAAGCCUUCUUUCAAGACAAAAUAACUGCUGCUGAGGUGCAUUUGUUUACCAGACAUGUCUUAUGUGGGCAGGUUUGUUUCUUUGUUUUUCUUUUCUUUUUGUGAUUUACUAAAAACAGAGCAUCAGUGCUGUUUUAUCCUUACUUUUGUUGUGUUUUUUGGGCAUAAUGGGAUAUGGUGCAAUGUUAAUUUCUAGGAGUGAUUUCAUUCUGUAUUACUCACUGUUGUUUGAUAYCUUAUGAAGAAAAUUAUCAAUAAAUUUAAAUUAUAAUGACUGAA